CGGUGUCUACGACGUCAGAGGUUAAACCCGAGGUCGCCUUGUACGCGAUCAGCCUGUCACCUAUUCGCGCUCAUCUACCGCUGCACCUCCCAAGGCACGCUACUCAAGCGCACGAGGUUUCUUCAUCGCUCAAGAGGGGAUAUAUUUGAGAACUCUUGGCUGCCAACGCUGGUACUACUGUCAUGAAGUGCAUCGAAUGCAGCGCCCUAGGUGGCAACAUCGACGAGGUCCUGAGCAUGUCGUCGGACGCCCCGAAGCCGGGUUCGGAAGAGGUCCAGAAAGGCAAAGGCAAGACCAUGAUCGUCAAGGUGGAGGCGUGUUCGCUCAGCCGGGGGGACAGCAUCAUGUUGGAAGGAAGCUGCGAUCUGAUGCUGAACCCGAAGCUCCCGUUUGUACCGGGCAUGGACAUCUGCGGGGUGGUGGAGGAGGUUGCAGAGAACUCGGAAGCGUUCAAGGUGGGGGACCGCAUCGUGGCGACGAACGGGAUGACUCCUACGGGGGGCCUGGCCGAGUACGCCGUCGUCCAGACCAAUAACGCCGCAAAGGCACCAGCUAACAUCACCCCGGUUCAGGCCUCGGUGCUGCCCAACAGUCCCAUCGCCGGCCUCCACGCCGCCAAGGCGGCGAAACUGAAAGAAGGGGACCGGGUGAUGGUACUCGGAGGCAGCGGCGGCGUCGGCUCGGCGCUGUUGCAGCUCGUCAAAGACGCCAAGGCGUCAUUUUUGGCAACCACCUCCACCGCCGAAGCCCUGUGCCUAUCUCUGGGCGCCGAUGUCGUUGUCAACUACCGCGAGACUAAUUGGUACGAGGACGAACGGUACAAGGCCGAGCCCUUCGACGUGGUGAUCGACUGCGUGGGAUGGCGGGACGAGUGGAAAGAAGCUUAUCGGAGGGGGGUUCUCAAGUCUGGCUGGAACGGAGGCCUUAGCAUGCGCGCGCUGUGCCGCGCUGGCUGAGGAGUGGAAGCCCUGGUAUUUGUUUUUCCUGUCGUCUGUAGCAGAUUGUCUCCCGGGAAUGCCUCCUCGUCCAGUAGAUACCUCUCGCCGGUCUAGCCCACGAGAGUCUGGUGUAGCAAUCGCGGACGUUGGCAGUCACAUCCUGGGAGUAUGAUCGUUUUCUAUCUGCCCGUACGCUUUGCGCUCCUUGCAUAUCUUGGUCUUUGUUAUGCUUGUUCUACGCAACGUUGAAUGGACGUCUUGCAGCAUGCCACUCGCUGUUGUAACGACCGGCCGGCUGUCAAGAAGCACCAGUUUCGGAUGGAGGGUCAGGUUGUUACACCGACACAGGGAAUGCAGUUUAGGACCACCAAUGAGCUGUGUCCUUUCAGGAGAGAUUGAGCAUCUAGUCUAUUUCUGGUGAGUUUUUCUACGUGGCUGACCGCUUUCUUCCAUGUUUCAUAAACCGCUUCCACCGACGACCACUACACGGUUUGUCAGAUGGGAAGCGAUCAGCACUGCCCGAUAUGUACCCUGUCCUUUCCUAUACGUAACGUGGGCAGGGCAUAACGGCUGAACGUGUGAAGCCAUUUUCGUAUCCCCCUGAAGAACACAAGAGAACAAGUUAUCGACUCUGUUUCAAGUAUGGGUUAUGCCAGCAGUACUGCUUUCGAAUUAUCUUCUUAACCCCCG